AUGUAUGCACCACAAAUUGAAGUGAUACCAUGCAAAAUUUGUGGUGAUAAAUCCUCUGGAAUACACUAUGGAGUCAUCACAUGUGAAGGCUGCAAGGGAUUCUUUCGAAGGAGUCAGCAGAACAAUGCCUCCUACUCCUGCCCAAGGCAGAGAAACUGUUUAAUUGACAGAACCAACAGAAAUCGUUGCCAACACUGUCGACUACAGAAAUGUCUUGCCCUGGGAAUGUCUCGAGAUGCUGUGAAGUUUGGAAGAAUGUCCAAAAAGCAGAGGGAUAGCUUGUAUGCUGAAGUGCAGAAGCAUCAGCAGCGACUGCAGGAACAGCGGCAGCAGCAGAGCGGUGAGGCAGAAGCCCUUGCCAGGGUUUACAGCAACAGCAUCAGCAACGGCUUGAGCAACCUGACUAACGAAACUGGCAGCACCUACUCAAAUGGGCAUGUCAUUGAUCUGCCGAAGUCUGAGGGUUAUUAUAAUGUGGAUUCUGCCCAGCCUUCCCCAGACCAGUCUGGGUUAGACAUGACUGGAAUCAAACAGAUAAAGCAGGAACCUAUCUAUGACCUCACCUCUGUACCAAACUUGUUUACCUAUAGCUCUUUCAACAAUGGCCAGUUAGCUCCGGGGAUAUCCAUGACUGAAAUAGAUCGAAUUGCACAGAAUAUCAUCAAAUCUCAUUUGGAGACAUGUCAAUAUACAAUGGAAGAACUACACCAGCUAGCGUGGCAGACUCACACAUAUGAAGAAAUUAAGGUUUACCAGAGCAAGACCAGAGAAGCUCUGUGGCAGCAGUGUGCCAUUCAGAUCACCCACGCUAUCCAGUAUGUGGUGGAGUUUGCAAAGCGCAUAACAGGCUUCAUGGAGCUCUGCCAGAAUGACCAAAUUCUCCUCCUUAAGUCAGGCUGCUUGGAAGUGGUUUUGGUGAGAAUGUGCCGUGCCUUCAACCCACUCAACAAUACUGUUCUGUUUGAAGGAAAGUAUGGAGGGAUGCAAAUGUUUAAAGCCUUGGGUUCUGAUGAUCUGGUGAAUGAAGCAUUUGACUUUGCAAAGAAUUUAUGUUCCUUACAGCUGACUGAGGAGGAGAUUGCCUUGUUUUCAUCUGCUGUUCUGAUAUCACCAGAUCGAGCCUGGUUAAUAGAACCAAGGAAGGUCCAGAAGCUUCAGGAAAAGAUUUACUUUGCACUUCAACAUGUGAUCCAGAAGAACCACCUCGACGAUGAGACUUUGACAAAGUUAAUAGCCAAGAUACCAACCAUUACUGCACUUUGCAACUUGCACGGAGAGAAACUACAGGUAUUUAAGCAAUCUCAUCCAGAUAUAGUGAACACACUGUUUCCACCAUUAUACAAGGAGCUUUUCAAUCCAGACUCAACCACUGGCUGCAAGUGA